AUGGGUUCUCAAGUCCCCAAUCUCCCCGCCCCCGUCGACCAUCCCGACUCAAUGCUGUCCCGUAAAUUUGGACGGGAGACCGUCAAUUACUUCGCCGGCAGCGCUCUCAACCGCGUUGGAUGGCUGCGUACCGACCACACGUUCAUCAGAGCGGCAUUUCAGGCAAAAGAGACCAACUUCAUGCUCCUCAAGGACCUCAGCCCCUUAACCAGUGCGCCCUCAAAGCUGUCGUUUGUGUCUUUUGAUGACAUCAAGCCCUUGACCUCGGAGGAUCCGUUCGGGCCGUCUGAGGAGGAUCUCAUCAAGAACUAUGACUCGAGUGUCACUCGACCUCUCAUCAUCUUCCUCGGUCUUGAAGAGGGCGCCAAAGUGCCCUUCCAGUACAAGGGCCUUCAGGGCCGGCCUUGGUUCGCUAUUGAUGUGACUCCUAAGGGCUCAUAUGCCGACGCUGCCAACGAACUCAUCGAGGCCCAGGCGAAGAAGGGCAACAACUUCCUUCAAGGCACCAGGCAUAUUACCCUCGAGCCUGACGCUGCUGGUAUUUAUGCCCAGGCCCGGUCGCUUGCCGACUGGAACUACCGUAACAAGUUCUGCGCUGGCUGCGGACAGCCCACGUUGUCCGGUAACACCGGCUACAAGAGGCUUUGCCCUUCCACCGAUCUUGCUGGAUCUGAAACUCCCCGUGACAGACCCGAGUGCCACACUCGUGGCGGUGUUUCCAACAUUAGCUUCCCCAGGACAGACCCUACUAUGAUCGCUGCUGUGAUCUCCGCCGAUGGCCAGAAGGUGCUUCUGGGUCGUCAGAAGAGAUGGCCUCCUCACUGGUACAGCACUCUCGCGGGCUUCAUUGAGCCCGGUGAGUCCAUCGAGGAGUCAGUCCGCCGUGAGGUUUUGGAGGAGAGCGGCGUUAGAGUUGGCAGAGUCGUUAUCCACUCGAGCCAACCUUGGCCGUACCCUGCAAGCUUGAUGAUCGGUGCCAUUGCUCAGGCCCUCCCUGACGGAGAGACCAUUGAUCUCGGAAACGACCCUGAGCUGGAGGACGCCCAGUGGUUCCCCUUUGAUGUUGUCCGGGACGCACUGAAGAACGGCACAAGCGGGCUUGGAGAGUCAGCCCCUGAGGGUUACAAGGAGGGUGGCCUCAGGGCUGAAGAGCCGCCAACUGAAAGUCCCCUGAAACCCCUGCAGGGCCCCCCACCACCGACGCUACGGCCAGCGUGUCAGUGCCGGAAGGCAGCACCAAGCUCCAGCAUCAGCUCCUGUCAAGCUCCAUUCACCUCAAAUCAUCCACAUCCCGCCGCCAUCAAACCCCCGACGCUGAUAACGUCCAAAACCGUCGCACUCCCCCACUACCGCGACCAGCUUGUUCGCAAGCGACCGUUGCCCGUCAUGUAUCACCUCGCAAAGGGUCUAUACCUCUUGGCCACCAGCAAAGAAGAAUACUCUGUCAUCCUCCUCGGCCUCGACAACGCUGGUAAGACGACCUUCCACGAGCAGGUCAAGUCUAUUUUCCUGCCGUCGCACCCAGACCCGAAGCUCAAGACGGUGCCGACCGUCGGCCAGAAUGUUUCGACCAUCACGCUGCCGGACAUGUACCUGAAGAUCUGGGACGUGGGCGGGCAGCACUCCCUGCGUCGAUUGUGGCAGAGCUAUUACGCCUCGGCGCAUGCCAUUGUCUUCAUCAUUGACUCGACAGAUAUCGGCGACGGUAACCUCGAGCACGAUAACUCAGAUCGCCUGGAGGAGUGCCGCUUGGUGCUAGAGGAUGUGCUACAGCAUUCCGAGACGGAAGGCGUGCCCGUUCUGGUGCUAGCCAAUAAACAGGAUCGCGAGGACUGCGUCGAGGUAGUGAGGAUCAAGGAGGGACUGGUGAAGAAGGUGUUUGAGGGUGAUAAGGCGAGCAGUAUCCGCGACUCGAGAGUGUUACCCGUGAGUGCCCUCACGGGUACCGGCGUGAAGGAGGCGGUGGAGUGGGUAAGGUCGCGUGUGAAGUGGAAUAAGGAGUCAAGGCCACCGGUGAUGCGGUAA